AUGUCCAUGUCAGUCGAAGAUGCCACCAAAGUGCGGGACGGCUUCCCAAGACCGUUCCCCAACAUCCCCUCCAACGUGGUGGAGCAGUUCCGCUUGGAUGGAAAGGUCCUCGUUGUCAACGGCGCUGCUGAUGGACUUGGAUACGCUGUAGCUGAGGGAUACGCCGAGGCAGGAGGAAAUGUCGCCCUAUGGUAUAAUUCAAACGAUGCUGCUAUUGAAAAGGCUCGUUCUCUAUCAGAGCAGCAUAGUAUCAAGGCCUCUGCAUAUAAAGUUGAUGUAUCCGAUGCACAGCAAAUUCAGGACGCUUUGAAAAAGGUGCUCGAUGAUUUCGGAAAGAUUGAUGUCUAUGUUGCGAAUGCAGGCAUGGCAAUUUCAAAACCUAUCCUUGAGCAAACCCUCGAUGAAUACAGAAAACAGAUGUCGGUGAAUGUCGACGGUGUCGUCUUUUCAGCGAAAUACGCCGGCGAGAUCUUCAAGCGUCAAGGUUUCGGCAACUUCAUCAUCACAUCCAGCAUGAGCGCCCACAUCGUCAACGUACCAACUGAUCAACCAGUCUACAACGGAAGCAAAGCCUUUAUCACACAUUUCGGAAAGUCCCUCGCUCGAGAAUGGCGCGAGUUCGCUCGUGUGAAUAUUGUUUCUCCUGGAUUCUUCGACACAAAGAUGGGUGCGAGUCCGGAGGCGCUUAACGAGGCGUACCGCAUGGCUGUACUGGGAAGACAAGGCCAUGUGAAGGAGAUCAAGGGUCUUUAUCUUUACCUUGCGAGUGACGCUUCGACUUACAUGACGGGUAGCGACUUGCUUAUUGAUGGAGGAUAUGUGCUUCCUUAG